ACCCGAAACAGAGCACUGCUGAUAUGACAGCUUUUGUACAAAAUCUUCUUCAACAGAUGCAAUCCAGGUUCCAGACAAUGUCUGACUCCAUCAUCACAAAGAUCGAUGAGAUGGGCAAUAGGAUCGAUGAGUUGGAGCAGAGCAUCAAUGAUCUCAGAACCGAGAUGGGAGUCGAGGGCUCACCAUCUCCUUCAGCCCCUUCGAAGUCAAAUAUCGAACCCAAGUCAGCUGAUGAUUCAACCAACGAGUAGCCACGG